AUGACGGGUAACGAUGCAAACAACGCUUCGGCGUCGGCCAAUGGCUCUUCGAUAUCCUCUUCUUCCAAGUCUGACUUCAUCGUCAAGGCAGGGCUGGCCCAGAUGCUGAAAGGAGGCGUCAUCAUGGACGUAACAGAUGCCGCACAGGCCCGCAUCGCUGAAGAAGCUGGAGCCUGCGCCGUCAUGGCUCUCGAGCGCGUACCGGCCGAUAUCCGAGCAGAAGGUGGGGUCGCACGCAUGUCAGACCCUGGUAAAAUUAAGGAGAUCCAGGAAGCUGUGACUAUUCCUGUCAUGGCUAAGGCCCGUAUCGGUCAUUUCGUCGAGUGCCAGAUCCUCGAAGCCCUGGGCGUGGACUAUAUUGACGAAAGCGAGGUCCUUACUCCCGCCGACGAUACGUUCCACGUCGAGAAGAGCCCCUUCAAGGUACCCUUCGUCUGCGGCUGUAGGAAUCUGCCUGAGGCCCUGAGGCGUAUUGCUGAAGGUGCUGCUAUGAUUCGAACCAAGGGCGAGGCUGGUACAGGAGACGUUGUUGAAGCCGUCAAACACAUGCGCACGGUUAACCGUGACAUUGCUCGGGCCAGAUCCGCGCUUCAGGAAGGUGGUGACUUAGCAAUCAGAGCCCUGGCGAGGGAAUUUGAGUGUGACGCUGUGCUGCUCAAGCAAACGGCCGAACUUGGACGCUUACCGGUGGUCAACUUCGCCGCUGGAGGUGUAGCGACCCCCGCGGACGCUGCAUUGAUGAUGCAGUUGGGCUGCGACGGAGUCUUCGUCGGCAGCGGUAUUUUCAAAUCAGGCGACGCGGCCAAGAGAGCUAAGGCUAUCGUGAGAGCCACGACACAUUUCCGAGAUCCAAAAGUCCUAGCCGAGUGCAGCGAAGGCCUCGGCGAGGCAAUGGUUGGUACCAGCGUCAACAGCAUGAGGCCCGAGCAGAAGAUGGCCGGAAGGGGAUGGUGA